AUGGCCGGUCCUCAAAUCUACCUCAGCUUGCCCAAGCUCGGUUUCAUUCCCGACGCUCGUCCUCUUCCUCCACCACCGGUCGGAGAUGCUACCCUACGCGCCCCGUUCACCAUUCCCUCCACCAUCUACCAUGCCGUCCUCCGACCGGAGGUCCCCGUGGCUGUCGCAAGCAUCUACAUCGUCUCCGUCUUGGUCCUCAACGCCAUCAACGCCCAGCGGAAAGAGAAGAACAAUGGCAAACCGAAGCCGUGGUGGAUCGCGAGGCAGCCGUGGUUCGAUGCCCUCGUCGUCGCACAUAACGCAGGGCUCAUCGUCUACUCCGGCUUGACCUUCCUGGCCAUGUUGCGCGCAGCGAUCCAGACCUGGCCGGGCUACAACACCGACACCGGCGCCGCCGGACUCGCUGAUGCGUUCUGCAAGAUGAACGGUCCACGUGGAUUCGGCGAUGCUGCUGCGUACAACACAACCUUGAACAUCUGGGAGAUCAAGAAUUCAUUGCUGCACUUGGACUACAACGGCAACCCGGACCCGACCGACGUGGGUCGUCUCUGGAACGAAGGUCUCGCCUUCUGGGGUUGGUUCUUCUACGUCAGCAAGUUCUAUGAGAUCGUCGACACUCUGGUCAUCGUCGCCAAGGGCAAACGCAGCCCGACCCUGCAGACCUACCACCACAGUGGAGCCAUGUUGUGCAUGUGGGCUGGUAUUCGCUACAUGAGCCCACCGAUCUGGAUGUUCGUGUUUGUCAACUCAUUCAUUCACACGCUCAUGUACACGUAUUUCACGCUGUCCGCCCUGAACAUCCGCGUUCCCGUGGCUCUCAAGCGUACCCUGACCUCCAUGCAAAUCGUCCAAUUGAUCUGGGGCAGCCUUUACGCUGGAACCCACCUGUUCCUCCAGUACGACAUGCCAGUCUCUACGUCUUACACGGUCACCUCUUUCAUCAAGUCGGCCAUCUCGAGUGCAAGCUCCAUCGCCUCCGUUGCGACGUCGACCAUCUCUGAGAUUAUCGAAACACCCACUCCGACCGGAGACAUGGUCGCUCUGGCCAAGAAGCUCCUGCUCCGUGCUGUAGGCGAAGAGGGCAUCGCAGAACGCGUCACGAACAAAUACGGCCAGGCACUCGCACCCGCCAUUCAAGCCAAGAUCGAAGAGAUCCAAGAACAGCUUGUCCCACACCACGAGACCAAAUGGAGCACCGACUUGACCAAGGUCGACUGUCUGGACACCACCGGCCAGGCCUUCGCCAUCUACCUGAACCUCCUGUACCUCACCCCGCUCACUUUCCUGUUCUUGAGAUUUUUUAUCAAGGCCUACACCAACCGCGGCAAAGCCGGCAAGCCCUCCGACGUCGCCAAGAAGGUGAUCGACGCGUCUCAAGAGGCCAGCCGCAAGACGAAGGAUACCAUCGAAGACACCGGCAAGCGCGCCGAGGAUGAAGCACGAGCCUUGACCGACGAGGAGAAACGGGCGCAGCUCCGAAAAGAUUUACAGGCGCUCAAGGACGGCACCUUGGAACUGAGCCAAAAGAUCGGGGGCAAUGCAAAGGAGAGUGCGAAGCAGGCUUCCCAGCAGGUCAGCGAAACUUCGCAGAAGGUAGCCGAGGAAGGCAAGAAGCUUGCCAAAGAAGCCGAGCAAAAGGUCGCCCCCGCCGUCGAGAAGGCUGCGGAGAAGGGCAAAGAACUGGCCAAGGAUGCGCAAGCAAAGGCCGAGCCUGCGCUCGAGAAGGCUGCGGAGAAGGGCAAGGAAUUGGCCAAGGACGCCCAAGGAAAGGCUGAGCCGGCAGUCGAGAAGGCGGUGGCACAGGGCAAGCAGCUCGCCGGCGAUGCGCAGCAAAAAGCUGGGGAGCUCGCCAAGGACGUGCAAGCCAAAGCAGGUGAAGCCCAGCAAAAAGCUGGCGAGGUCGCCAAGGACGCUCAAGCCAAGGCGGGCGAAAUCGUCGACGACGACAAGACAUAUGCUGAGGCAGCAGCGGAACCUGCUGCGGGCGCGAACAAGGAGAACCAAGCCCCUGCAUCUCAAAGCGAACCCGUUGCAAAGCAAGAGUCUGUUCUUACUGCCACCCAGCCAACCCGUCCAGGUGUCGUCGGCGAGGACAAGGGUGCUGUGCCUGCUGACGACGAGGACACGGAUGCUAUGGGCAAGUCGGGGGCCAUCAUCGACCCGGAGGCGGCGAAGGCCGAAUGAGCCGUUCGAAGGACUGGACCGGCGAUCAAGUUUGUCCAAGAGGAAGCGAAGACGUAGGGAAGGGAGCGCAUUGACUGAGGAUUCAUGGGGUGCGGUCCUCGAGUCCUCUGUCAUAAUCGGGCGUAGAUCAUGCUCUGGCAGGAGGCUCAAACACAUCGGAACGAACGCAGGACAGAAGAAGAAACAAACCGCUCUUCUUGAUGGCUUGCGACGCAAGGCGCGGUGUAACGGUAGUGAGCGGAAAUCAAUUUUGCUGAUAGCUAAUACUAAUCAAUCCGUGAUGAACAAAUCAAUGUUGAUUCCUUGCAACGGAUCCAUGCUGUGCCUCGUUCUUGCCGAAGAACG